ACCUCCACUUGAAGAAAAAUCAGUAAAACUUGGUUUUUGCCUUCCUUUUCUUGUUCAAGAACAAGAUUUGAGCUUAGAAACCUCCCCCCCCCCUCUGUAGAAUUUUCGGAUCUGCUUUGCUCUAUGUCCUCCAUCCGCUGCUCUUGCCAGUUUGUGGGUGCAAAUUCCUUUGAUUUUUUGGUAAGAACAGCCAUUAAAUUCUCUGUUUUUCCUUGAAUUGGCUUAGGUUUACUCUAAUUCCCCUUGGUUUCUCUAAUUUCCGCUGAAUUUCUCCUGCACUUCCAUCGGCCUUCCCCCAAACUGCAGCUCCGGUUUUUGCUGGAUUUCUAGUGCUAUUAUGGCUUAGAGCACUGGGAUUGAGUCUUCGGUUUAUGCGAUUGAGUGGUGGUGAGACUAACCUCGUUUUAUACAAAAAUGAGCAUGAUUGAUUUGAAAUAAGAUUAUCAUCCUUUUUAUUGAUUUGAGCAUGCCUGCUUGGAGUUUAUUUAAAUACCCUAAUGAUUUGGAAAUUAUCUGUAAAGUAUGAUUUUCUAUUAAAUUUUGCCUGUUUUGUCUCCAAUAUGGUCAUGUUAUUCGUGUGCCCGAUAGUGGGAGGUUUAUAAACGCUAGCACAUGUCGACAUGUUACUAAUAGAACCGGUUCAUUUAUGUGAUUGUUAUCUUGCUAGUGGGAUUAUACACUAGUAAAUCGUGUGCCUGUCAGUGGGAGGUUUAUAAACACUGGCCAUGACCUAUAGAGGAGACGUCUAUUUCGUUCCCAUAUUGUAUCCGUUUUUCGUGGUUAUACUUGUUGGCAUGCUAUAAGUUUAAUUAAGGGCUAUCCAUAUUUACUUACUAAGUUAUCUCAGAGUUUUUCCUUGUCCACCAUUUCAGGAAGCGAAGUCAAGGACAGGGAUAAACGAGGGAAGUGACGAGUUAGAAGGCUAGUCAUCUUGUAAAUUGAACAUAGAUUUUAGAUAUAAAUCAUGAUUUUGUAAUCAUGGAUUUUUUUAAGGAAUCACAAGAACUCUAGGGUAACCAGGGAAACGAAGAAGAGGGGGUAAUGUGCGUUGCUCCUAUUGUAAUGGUUGUGCCAUCGGUGUUACAAGAUGGACUUGUGUUAGACAGGCUUUUCACUUUGGAAAGUAGCGCAAGCUCUUCAAGUGACACUCACUCUUCUAACUAUAGUUUAUCUAGCUCUUCCACAAAUAGUGCUAAGCUUGUUCAAGGAGAUGUGAACAAGGGUGAAGAAAAAGGGAUUACUAUUUACACUGAAAGGGAAGAAAAAUGUGCGCAUCCAGUACAAGGAUGGGAAUUGAUGCCUACCCACCCUAAUUUGGUCGCUAACAUUCGAGAAACACCAAUAGAUUUCGUGGUAGGGUUCAAAUUUAAGGCAAUGCUUCACCAUGAGGUGGUAGAUGGUAAGGCCACCAUCAAAAGUUUGAGAAAAUUGGAUGAAGUGGUGAAGCAAUAUUAGAUUCCCAGCACCAUGCUAGUGCGAGUAGCAUCACCAAAGGAAAAGGCGUGUUCGGUAACUGCCAAUGGCUGGAAUCCAAUAUAUCUAGACAACUUAG